AUGGAUCCGCGGCGUCACGAAUACAACCUCGAAGUGUUUGCCGACCAAACCUUUGUGAGAGAUAUUGUCAAAGGAGUCUUGCAUACCAUAUUCUUCCACCGAUACUUUCCUCCAGUCCGACCGUCGCUUUAUAUGCCCGCGGCGUCAUCGUCCCACGGUGCAUCGCAUUCGGCCCAGUCGCUGCCCAUCCCGCUCCCAUCUAUCCUCGACCCGCCGGAGAUCUCUGCAGCCAUUGACUCCCAUACUGCCCUGCUCGUCUCUCAGCUCACACCCCAGUCCGCGACGAGUCCGGCGUCGGGAGGUUCUCGAGGAGAAAUCGUGGUUCGGUUCUAUGAUCGGAAGCGUCGAAAGACCGGGAUCACCACCGGAUGGCUAGGUCGCCUUGGCGGCGGAGGUCAAACAGAGGAAGAAGUCUGCUGGGAGGAAUGGUGUGUGCAGGUGAUCGUGGCUAGGCCUCGGAGCGAAGCCGACCGUAUCAAGGUUCGCAGAGCAAUGGAGUCUUCUCUGCAAAAGACUGCAAUGAAGAUUGUUGCAAUUGUGAACAAAGACAAGGAUCAUAUUCCUCCCAUAACCACAAGCGAACAGAACCCUUUUCCUUAUCGGAUAGUGGUCAAUCCGAAACAGCAGGAGAGCGCUGAAAGAGGCUUCGGAGGCUGGAAUUGA